UGUAGGAAUAAAAUUGCAGGUACGUUUUUCACUUACUGUAAGAAGAAUAUAACGGGUAUAAAUCAGAAAUGCAAGUGUAUCUACGCGUACAUAUUUACAUGUAUACGGUACACAUUUAUACACGAGAUUGUAUCUAUUUACUUAUGACCUAAAUGGUACACCAUAGAGAAGGGUAUCGAUAACAGAUGUAUUUCCGCGCUUACAUUUUACUUUGACAUGGAGCGAUUUGUUGAUUUUGUGUAUUUAUUAUAUUUUGGAAGUCAUAUUCCUAUUGCGAUUUUCUUUGACUCUCAAGCAAUCAUGCCAAGCUGGAUCUAUCCAGAUCAGUUGAGAGAUGUCGUAAAGCGGUACACAAGUGAGUAUGGAGACUCCAUGGUGGCAGGAACCCCAGCCUGGUACCAGUCGUUUAUCAACUGCGAAAUCUUCCUUCUCCUCCCUUUCUGCUUUGUUGCAGUUUAUGCAUACUGGAAAGGUGUAUCUAACAACCGCUGGAUUCGUAUUCCAAUGAUUGUGUAUUCAACUCAUGUGGUUACCGCAUUACUUUGUAUCUAUCAUCAUAUCUUCCUACAUGACUUCUCGAAAGAUGAACUUCCUGGACCGCAGAACAUGAACGGACGUCUCAUUUUAGGAUUGUUUUAUUUUCCUUACUUUAUAGUGCCAGUUAUUCUUCUCAUAGAUUCACUUUUCCAUCCGAUUUAUAAAGAGAAAGUGACUUCAUUUCAGACAGCAAGGGCUAGUGGGAAGAAAAUUCAAUAGCUUAAAGUAGAUAUAGUAAUAGAGAUCAACCAAUGACACUAAUAAUCCUACCUAUCCGUACCUCCGUAUGACACACGUUAAGUGGAACAAUGAAGUAACUGUGAGGUCGAAAACUUAGUGAUAAGUCGUUUCAUUGUAAUGUCCAUUUUCAUGGUAAAUACUGAAGAGUUUUUUUUUUAAAUAUAUAUGAGAUAUGGUAUGGUAUUUUACAAUCAUCUUGAUAUAUACAAUGUCAUUAAAUUAAAAUAAAGAAAAACCAAAGUAUCAGACUGGAUACCACAUUUUCUAUUUAAUUUACAUGAAAUGUGAUGAGAAUGUUUGUCUUAAUGAAAGCAGUGGACAAUUUUGAAACUUUGGCGUAAAAUCUAGGUUAAUAGGACAAAUAAAAGAAAAACAUUCACAUCUAGAAAUCACAUUUUUGAAAAGAUCUUAAUGAAAUUUUCUUUGUUCA